AUGUCACAGGAGAAAUCAUCUGCAGAGGUUACCCGAACCGGUAGCCCGAGCUUAGAGUCAAGUCGAGAUCAAACAAAGGACUCACAAAAUGGCGCUCAGCAGGAGGCCCAGGAGGAAGAUCAAGUCUUGAUGAGAACAACGAUAACACCCCGACCAAAUUACGUUCCGCCUUUGAAUUUUUCCUUGGUGGAGGACGGAAUUUACCGUUCCGGGUUUCCAAUGCCCAUCAACUAUCCAUUCAUGCAACAGCUCAAACUCAAGACGAUCAUAUAUGUGGGGGACUUGUCCCACGAGAAACCAAAGAAUAAAGAGAAGGCAGAUAAGCCAAAGAAGGACAAAAAUGGCUCUGCUGCCAUAUACGAAAAGUACAAGGCAUGGAUCGACUCUACGGAUAUCAAGUUUUGCCCAUUGUUGGUGCAUUCGUCACAGGAGCCGUUUACGCUGUUAGAGACGCAAAUUCAGACGCAAGAGUCCCUCGAAGCAGCCCUACAUCUCAUACUAGAUAAGAGAAACUUCCCCAUACUCAUACAUUCGAACAAGGGCAAGCACCGAAUAGGUGUGUUGGUGGGACUAAUGCGGAAAAUUCUCCAAGGCUGGUGCAUGAGUGGGAUCUUCGAGGAGUACGAGAAAUUCGCCAUGGGCAAGUCCGAGUUUGACUUGGAGUUUAUAGAGAUGUGGCAGCCCGAGCUCAGCUACGAGGAAGAGUGGCUUCCGGGGUUUGUCAGGCAGUGA